CCCUCUCAGGGUCUCUUUCUCAAUCUCUCUCUCCCUCUGUCUCUCAGGUCUCUCUCUCAUACAGAUACCUCUCAGGAUCUCUCUCUUAUAGCUUCUCUCAUUCAGAUCCCUCUCAGAGUCUCUCUCGGUGCCUCUCGCAGAAAUUGUUUUAUCUUGUUCUCACUUGUCCCUUCUCUUCACAAAUUCAAAGUAUUUGAUCAAAUAUUUAUAAUUUUAUCAAUUUUAACCCAGUCUUCACUAAAAAUAAUUUAUUCUUACGUCUCUUAAACGUCUAAAAUUUGAAAAAAAGUUAAAAAAAUAAGACAAUUUUUGUUUUUUUCUAAAAAUAGUCGCCACUUUUUAAUUAAUUUGUUGUUCAAAAAAUUUGGGAAAGAAUACAUAUACUUUUUUUAUAUUUAUAUUUAUUUUACCCAACCUUUGGUCAUUAAAACUCAUGACAGUUUUGCUUUUUUUAUUAAACAAUAUUUUUUUUCAAUAUUAAAAAAAUUGAUUUCCACCCAAAGAUUGUCUCUCUCUCCACCCUAAAAAUUUAUUUUUAUUUUUUAAUUUAUUUUAAAAAUAUUUUUUAACAAGAAUUUUAAAGAAGAUGGAAUUAAAUGGAAAUAAUAAUAAUAUUUCUGUAGAAGAACAACUAGCUGAAGCUAAUCGGAAAAUUGAUGAAUUAUUAUCAGAACAAAAUAUGAAAACCCUUUCAAGCAAUGGCGAAGAAAACUGUCAAUUAUUACGCGAAGAAAUAAUUAAAAUGGAGAAGAAACUCGCAAAUGCAAACGAAGAAAAAGAAUAUUAUAAACGUCAUUUUCAUGGCGAACAAAAUGGUGGAAAUAUUGAUGGAUCACCGAAUAAUGGAAGCAAUUCAUCCAGAUUUAUUAAUUAUUAUUCGGAUGAUUUUGGUAAAGAACUUUUAUUGGCAAAUAAACGAAAAUAUCAAUUGGAAAGUAGAGUUAAACAAUUGGAAAUUGAAUUGAAGGAUGCCCAACAGAGGUCUGUUCGUCUGUCAGAACUUUUUGAAUUGGAAAAAGCACAGAAUGCGCGUUUAGAUGCAGAAUUAUUAGAAGCACACAAAGACUGUUUAGAAACUAGACAACAACUAGAUGAAGCUGUUUUACAAGGAAAUUUAUUUCCUUUAUUAAAUUCGGUUUCCUCGCAAGGAGAUGAAAUGAGAGAACGUUUGAAAAAUAUUGAAAGUGAUUAUGAACGUAAAUUACAAGAAAUGAGUGAAGCCAAAAGUAAAGUAGAAUGGAGGUUGGGGGAAGUGAUGCAAAUGUAUAAUGACACAAAAUGGCGUUUGGGGGAAGUUGAAGCAUUACUUGCCCAUAGAGAUUGGCAAUUGGAACAGGAAAAGAAAAAUUAUCAGAAAUUAUUAGAAAAUAAUUCGAAUGAUAAACCAGCAAAUUCUGAAGAAAUUCAACGUUUAAAUGACCAAUUAAUUAAAAAAACAGAAGAAAAAAAUGCUGCGGAUUGGAAAAUUGGGGAAUUGAAACAAUUAUAUAAUGACGCAAAAUGGAGGGUUGGAGAGUUAGAAGCUGAAACAAUGCAUAGAAGCACAUUACUGGAUGAGGCGCAUCAUAAAAUUGGUGAACUAGAAAGGAGGCUAGAAGGAAAUCUUCCUUUAAUUAAUGAAUGUGAAUAUUCUAAACAAUUAAGUGAAAUGGAAAAGAAAUAUCACGAUACUAAAUGGAGAUUAGGUGAAGUUGAAGCAGAAUUAAAUAAUUUAAAAAAUAGAGAACAACAAUUAAAUAAUGAAUUAUCUAAAAAUAUCGAACUAAAAUCUAAAGUAGAAUGGCGGCUAGGGGAGGUAAUGCAAUUCUUGAAUGAUGCAAAAUGGAGAAUUGGCGAAUUAGAAGCAAGCAUAGAACAUCGCAACCAACAAUUACAAGACAUUAAUGAAACACAAAAUGAGUUAAACUCUUUUAAAACUCUUGGAGGUAUUAAUGGAGCUUUAAUUAUUAAAAGACAGCCACGCAACGAUAGACAUAAAUGGACACUUUUGACUAUUGAAAAUUCUUUAAAAAUGCCUCUACAAAAAAUUCUUUUGGAGACAAAUUCUAAUGGAGAUGGAGAUAUUUUUCUAAUUGGUAGUUUUCUAAAUUGGGAAUGUGCUUUAAUUUGUGAUUCAAUAAAUGGAAAGCCAAACAAAAAAGGUGUUUUGUUAGAAUUACCCAAAGGGAGGCACGAAUUUUGUUUUAUUUGUGAAGGUAAAUGGUAUACAGAAAGUUUAUAUGAGGAUUGUUGGAAUGAAUUUGGAACUAAAAAUAAUUGGAUUAUUAUUAAUUAA